CCACAUCUGGCAGCACUGACGGCACGGAAGGCGAGCCGAGCCACAAAGCCCCUCGUACAUCUUCCCACACUAAUUAGAACAGCGAUUAAUAUGUAUUGUAAUCCAUGACGGGUGAAACUGUCACACAACCGAUAGCAUUUUGGCAAGUCAUCUUGAUAUAGCAGCUGAAUUAGACUCGAGAUAGAUUUAUUCUACAAUUUUAUUACUCGUGAAUUAGUUUAAACCAAUUAAGUUAGCUAAGCUGAUAGUUGAUCGCUGACAGUAGUAAGUGAAUUAAAUUAUUGUAUGAAUUGAAUCCAAUAUUAGUUGUUUUAGGUCGUUGGGCGAGUUGUUUGAAGUGUCGCGUAUUUGCAUCGCUUAACUCGGCGAGCUUCUAGAAACUUCUUUCCGAACUACGCCACACUAGCUGGUCGCGUCCACGCUGAAGAGUUGGAUUCAAACUACAUUGUAGCCGUAAAGGCAGAAGAAUUUGUUGGACAUCGUAUACCCUUAAGAGACCAAUUUGUAAGUAUAACGCAACUCUACCAUUGAAGGUUUCUCACUAAUAAAAUGAAAUUAGCUUCAAGAUCUACGUCACCCAACACCUGGCGUUUCUCUGAGGAGGUCGACAAAAAGGGGAAGAUCCAACAAACUUGAAGAAAUUGCUGUUAGCAAAUCGGCGGAAGGAUGCCGGAAACAGACCGGAAUGACUGUAAGGUAUGCCGUAAGUCAAAUAACCUGGACAACAUGGUGUUCUGCCCGCGGUGUGAGGAGUGGUUUCACUACCAGUGCGCUGGAGUCAACGAAUCCGUUGUGGAUCGAAGCUGGGUAUGUGGGAAUUGUUCGAUUCUGCCACCAGUCGACCCGCCGGGACAAACGAGUACUCCGGUGAGUAGUAUAGCCAUCGGGCCAAUCCCGUCCUCCAUUAGCCAACCCGCGAGCAGCGUGCCGUCCAGAAUUUCAUUGCCAACCAUAGUUCCCGCCCCAGUGGAUGGACAAUCAAUUCUUACCGAGCAGGCUAGGGCGAGCCUCCAGUGGAUCCAGGAGCAGCGAGAGAUAUUAGAGCGAGAAAUGGAGGAGAAUUACAAGCAGGAAAUGGAGCGAAAACGCCUGGAGUUAAAGAAGCUGGCAAAUGAAGCGAUGAUGAGAAUAAUCGAUACUACGAAGGAUGGAUUAGCCAACAGUUUGGAUGACCAGCCGGGGGCAGCGGCGGCAGGUGUCAGCAAAGUGCAGAACUGGAUGCAACAAAUGGUCGGCGAGAUGAAGAACCUCUCGGUAGCCCAAUCAUUUGGAAGACCAGAGGUGCCAACGACGAGCGUGCCUAUGUUCGACAUCAGUUCUGUUCCGACAACCGCAGGGAUGAAUUUGAGUGUGUUUGAUCCGACUUCGUCGUCAACGCUUCACGGAGUUCCGGACAGGUCGGCGGUUGCUCCUACGACAACGUAUCCAUCAGUUCAUCUCAGUUCAGCAGCAUUCAUUCAGUCACAAUUGAGUAACUCAGUGAAUCCCUCUCCCGUUCCAACCUCUUCAGUUCCUCCAGCCACGAUGGUACCGCCGCAAUUAGCAAGUGGUGCACAGUCUGAGUUCGAUACCUUCGGGAGACUGGCAACUACACCCAGAGGACUGGCUAGUCGAGUGCCAAAUAUAUCCGGGUUGGGAGUCAACACUCCAACGAAUGUAGUGACCAGGGGCGAAUUAGUGGAGAAGCUUCCAGCUCAACAGCGCUUGGAUUGGGCACUGUAUAAACGCCAGUUUGUUGCAGUUGACCUACGCGCGUUUGCCACCUAUAUGUCUACAUUGGUAGCGGCGGCCUCGGAAGUCACGGUGCUUGCGGACACCAAACAUUUGCGACCAGCCAAAGUGGGUUCAGCGAAAGAGAAGAAUUUUCUUAACGCGCAUUCAGUACCCGAGCCAGCGAAGAAGGAAGUUAAGGAGGAAUACAUCCCGAUGGUCCUGUGCUUGGCGUGCAACGGCGCUGGCCAUAAGGUCAAGGACUGUGCCGUCUUCAAGAAGUGGGGGCCUGAGAGCCGAUGGAAGACAGUUCAAGACCAUCAUCUGUGUCGGACGUGCUUGGGGAAACAUGGGCGUCGUCCGUGCAAAUCGCAGGCGUGCUGUGGCAUCGAAGGCUGUCAGCAGCGGCAUCACCAGCUGCUGCACACACAGUUUCAGAAACAGCAACAACCAGCCGAAUCAAAACCAAAGAAUCCAAGCAAAGGCCCUGUGGAAGGUGUGAACGCUCAUCAUACAGAGGAGAAAUCGACGCUGUUUCGAAUCCUUCCAGUAAGACUGUUCUGGAAAGGUAAAUCGGUGGAGACGUUCGCUUUCCUGGAUGAUGGAUCGUCCAUGACGCUAGUGGAGCAAUCGAUUGCGGAUCGCUUGGGAAUCAACGAUGGGGAAUCUCUACCUCUGUGUUUAACUUGGACCAGUGACGUGAACCGGCAGGUACCGAACUCCCAACGAGUUUCGCUGAAAAUCUCGGGUGCAGGGAAAGAGGAACAAUAUGCUUUGAUCGAUACCCGAACCGUUGGUAAUUUGAAGCUCCCAAUGCAAUCGUUGAAAUAUGAGGACCUGGCACGGCAGUACACCCACUUACGGGGAUUGCCAAUCAGAAGCUACGACUCAGUUGUACCAGGUAUUCUGAUUGGGUCCAAUAACGCUGGCCUUAUUGCAUCAUCGAAGCUGCGUGAGGGUCAAUUGGGUGAUCCAAUAGGAGCUAAGACGCGUCUAGGCUGGACCAUCUAUGGAUAUGCAGUCGACCGCGAGAUAGCACCAAACUUCAGCUUCCAUAUCUGUGAGUGCCACGAGGCACAUAAGACGGAUCAAGAGCUUCACGACCUGGUCAAACAUCAUUUCUCUCUCGAAAAUGUGGGAGUGUCAGCAAGCCAAACUCCUGAGUCCGAUGAAGACAGGCGUGCUCGUCGAAUUUUGGAGGAGACGACGAAACGAACUUCACAAGGCUUUGAAACGGGUUUGCUGUGGCGAACCGAUUCAGUGGAUCUCCCGAACAGUUACCCCAUGGCGAUGCGCCGUCUGGAAUGCUUUGAACGGAGAAUGAACAAGGACCCGGAUUUGCAAGUCAGCGUGCAGCGUCAGAUCAAAGAGUACCUGGAAAAUGGUUACAUCCAUGAAGCAACACCACAUGAACUUGAGUCGGCAGAUCCAAAGAAGGUUUGGUAUCUGCCAUUAGGAGUCGUGAAAAAUCCGAAGAAGCCGAAUAAAAUCCGACUUGUCUGGGAUGCAGCGGCAAAGGUUGGAGGUAUUUCCCUGAAUACCAUGCUUCUAAAGGGCCCAGACAUGCUGAUCCCUCUUGCUUCUGUACUUUGUGGGUUCCGACAGUACUCGAUAGCGGUCUCAGGCGAUCUUAAACAGAUGUUUCACCAGUUUAGGAUCCGACCUCAGGACGUACACAGCCAGCGGUUCCUUUAUCGUGAACAUCCAUCCAAACCAGUGACAACAUUUGUAAUGGACGUAGGAAGCUUCGGUGCUACGUGCUCUCCCAGUCAAGCACAAUACAUUAAAAAUCUUAAUGCAAAGGAGCAUGAAGCGGAGUUCCCGGAAGCUACAGACGCCAUCGUCAAGAAGCACUACGUAGACGACUACCUUGAUAGCUUCGACACAGAGGAAAAGGCAAUCAAGGUGGCGUUAGAUGUGAAGACUGUACACGCUCGCGGCGGAUUCGAAAUACGUAAUUGGCAUUCAAAUUCUGCUGCGCUCCUCGAUCGAGUCGGGAAUACCAAGCACCAAGAAUCGAAGGUGAUCAACGUUGGAACUGAAAACGAGGCCGAGCGGGUUCUGGGCUUGAUAUGGAUGCCGAAUGAAGACUAUUUAGCGUUCGCUGCUGAUCUGAAGUUGGAUGAAGUUACUCCCACGAAACGAAACAUUCUACGGACGGAUGAUUAUUAG